UGCAAGUGCGGAGAGGGUUAUGUCAUUUUCUGUCAUUCUGCUAACAUUCGCUACUUUCAGGCUACGACACGAAUUUACCUGUUAAUACUAAAAUCAUUGUGAUUCCGUAUUUAGGCUAUUCAUGGUUAAUAUUGUCGACGUUUACUCGUGAUUUGAACACUGCAGCAGUUAUGUUUAAAACUAUUAAACAAGCGCUUUUCUCCACCGGACUACAGUACCCAGCAGUCACAGAACCCAAAGACGACGGGUGCGACACGAAGGCUACUGACUAUGAGAUCCGCACCUACAAGCCCACCAAGUGGGUCAGCACUACUGUGAGCGGCAUGAAUCUAGAUGAAGCCUUGGGGGCGGGCUUCCGGAAACUUUUCAAGUAUAUACAAGGCAACAAUGUCAACAAGGUCAAAGUGGAGAUGACGGCCCCCGUGACGUGUCGCGUGAACCCCGGAGAUGGCCCCACGUGCGAGUCCCACUUCACUGUGUCCUUCUACAUCCCUGAGGAGCAUCAGGACAAUCCUCCAGAACCGAGCGAUCCGGAUGUGUUCGUGGAGAACAGGAAGGAGUUCACAGCGUAUAUCAGAACCUACGGGGGGUUCUCCGAUGAGAAUCUCAAACAGGAGGAGCUCCUUAAGCUUGUGGAGAGCCUGCAGAGGGACGGAGUUCCGUUUGUGGACACGCCGUACUACACGGCGGGCUACGACAGCCCCUUUAAACUCGUCAAUCGGAGGAACGAGGUGUGGAUUCUAAAGCAAAAAUACGAACCCUAAAUGCCAUUAAAAUCCAUUUACACCUGCUUUUAAUCACGCCCACUGUAGUUGUAGUUUGUGUGAUGAACUCAUUUGCCCACAGGGGGCAGCAUUCAGCACUGUUUACCUUUGCAUCAAAAAGUGCUUUCUGUUGUCCGUUCAUAAUGAUGAUGCUUAAGUGCCAUUAUUAUUUUAUGAGAUGUUGUUGAUUCUGAUUUUUAUGUGUAAUUAUUUUGAUAACACAUUUAAUUUAGCUUUGCGUUGUAGGUGACA